AGCACUGUUCUGAGCGCCCGGGGAGAUCCAGGGAAGGUGGACUGAAGGGGUGGCUUGCAAUCAUAAUUAAUAAUUAUGGUACCUGGGUCCCGAGCCAUGGCCACCGUCGCAGCGUUGAAGAGGGCAGCCGCCCGCUGGGCCCUGGUCCUGGCAGAGCCCUCAGCCCGGCCCCUCGGGCUCCCGGCCCCCCGGCCCGCCCGGGCCCGGGCCCUCCAGCUGUCCGCCGCGCCCGCGGCCGGGCACAACAAGUGGUCCAAGGUCCGGCACAUCAAGGGCCCGAAGGACGAGGCCAAAAGCCGCGUGUUCUCGAAGCUCGCGCUGAUGAUCAGAUACGCCGUCAAAGAAGGGGGGCCCAAACCCGAGUUCAACCCAAGCCUGGCCAACCUCCUGGAAAUAUGCCGGAGCAAGAACAUGCCCAAGUCGACGAUCGAGACCGCGCUGAAGAAUGUGAAGGACAAGGACACGUAUCUGCUGUACGAAGGCCGUGGCCCCGGCGGCUCCUCCCUGCUCAUAGAGGCCCUUUCCAGCAACAGCCAGAAGUGCCAUGCCCACCUCAAGCACAUCCUCAGCAAGAACGGGGGGUUGAUGGCGGACGGGGCGCGCCACGCCUUCGACAAGAAGGGGGUGAUCGUGGUGGGGCUGGAGGACCGGGAGAAGAGGACCGUGAACCUGGAACGGGCCCUGGAGCUGGCCAUCGAGGCGGGCGCCGAGGACGUGAGGGAGGCCGAGGACGACGAGGGCCACGGCCACUUCCAGUUCAUCUGCGCCGUGCCCGCGCUGCACCAAGUGAGGCGGCGACUGGCCAGCCUGGGCCUCCGCCCCGUGACCUGCUCCCUGGAGUUCAUCCCGCACACGGUGGUGCGGCUGGGCGGCCAAGACCUGGAGGCGGCGGCCCGGCUCGUCGAGGCCCUCGGCGCCCACGAGGACGUCAUCCGGGUCUUCGACAACAUCGAGUAGCGGCCCGGGCCCGGACCUCAGAGCCCGAGGCCCCCGGGCCACCGAGGCAGCCUCGCGGGCCUCUCCUACGGCCGGACGGGGCGAGGGAGGGCUAAUCAAUCAAUCAAUCGUAUUUAUUGAGCGCUUACUAUGUGCAGGGCACUGUACGGAGCGCUUGGGAAGUACAAAUCGGCAACACACAAUGCCCCCACGGCCGAGAAGCAGCACCAGAAACAGCCGCGUCGGCGCGAGACCCCCCGAGGCCCAGCCGGGGGGCUUGGGAGGGCUGGCCUGGCGGUGGGGGGGAACCCCCGACCCCUUCUCCCUCCCUCAUUCCCGAGGAGGAAGUGGGCCCUAUGAUUGAUUCCACCUUCCCUCCUUCCCUUCCCCACAGCACCUCUAUAUAUGUAUAUAUGUUUGUACA